AUGAUACGAGGUAUCGGAAUUUCACCAUCGUUUAUCUUCAAAAGAUAUCAAUCAACAGGCAUUGGUAAAAAUGGUAUCUAUGUGAUCGCAUUACCUAUCACUACCAAGAAAUCAUAUAUCUAUUGCCAUCAUAAACCUUCAUUAUUAUCGUCUACACAAGCCAGAAGUUUCCCUUUAAUAACUAAAUUGGAGAAUAAAGCUACAGCUUUAGUUUUGAAAGGUUGGUCCAAAUUGAGCAAUUCUAAGAUUUCAAUUAACGUUAAAGUAACUAAUUUUGUAAGAAAACUAUUGAAUUCAAUUCAUUAUGAAGAAGCUUGCUUGAGAUCAUUCCCUUCAAGGAAGUCAAUGAUCAGAGAAAUCAAUGAAGAAGCUUUGAAUAACAUCUCGGAUAUGACUGAUAAAAAUAAUAAAUUGAUCCAAACUCAAAUUGAUGAAUUGAAUAUCCCCUUAAAUCAGAUAAAGCCAAUCCCAUUAUUCCAUCCUAAGUUUAUCAAUACGACUAAUAUCAAUAAUCAAUUGAAUGCGUUCAAAGAUGAUGCUUAUUCUAAUCAUUUGAAAUAUGCUAUAAUAUGUGGUAUUGGGAUUCCACUUUCCUUACCAUUUGCUUUAGUUCCUGUAGUUCCUAAUGUUCCUGGAUUCUAUAUCGCUUACAGAUUUUACUGUAAUGUUAAAGCAUUGAUGGGUAUCAAUCAUUUGAAAUAUUUAUUAGACACCAAAGAUGAAUCUAAACACUUGAUUUUUGAAAAAGCUCCCAAAAUUGAUGAUAUUUAUAAAAAGCAUCUUAGCGAUAAGGAAUUAUAUUUUGAGGAUAUUCAAGAAGAUGAAAGAGUUAUCAUAUCUAAUGAAAUAAUUGAAGACUUAACUGAAGAAUUGAAUUUACCUGAACUCACCGAAGAUUUGAAAAAAGCUUUCAGACAAGAAACUCUCAGAUUAAAUAAAAACAUCAAAGUUGAUGAUUUAGUUCAAUAA